AUGUCUGUAGCUGAGUAUGAGAGGGAAUUUGUGCGACUCGAAUUUGCAAUUCUGGUUGACAGAGCGGUCAAGGUUGAAGAACUUAGCAAAGCGAAGAGAAAAGCCGAUCCUGAGGCUCAUGAUUUGGGACAAAGACCUCUCAGAAAAUCAUUCUCAUCUUCAUGGAAAAAGUCAAAAGAAUUUCAUAGCCAUUCAUCAGCUUCGUGUAAUAGACGACACUUUGGUGAAUGUAGACUGAAAGAUGGGUCGUGUUUUAAAUGUGGUUCUUACGAUCUUUAUCUCAGAGACUGCUCUGAAAGGUCCGACAAAGAAAAAGGUAAGACUUCUCGUUCGUGUAAUACAACUGUUAGAGAGAGACCACCACGGAACACUGGAAAUGCGGGUAACAGUCAUAGUGGGAUCAAAGAUUCUACUAUGAUAUCUGAGGCACGUGCACCAUCUAGGACUUAUGCGAUUCGUGCUCAAGAGGAGGCUUCAGCACCUGAUGUGAUUACCGCAGACAGUAUUAUAGUUGAUCGAAGUAAAGUCUCAGCUGUGGUGGACUGGAAACCUCUAAGAAAUGUGUUGGAAGUUAGAAGUUUUUUGGGUUUAGCUGGAUAUUACAGAAGAUUUGUUAAAGGAAUUUCGAUAAUUUCUAUGCCGUUGACGAAACUACUUCAAAAAGAUGUCAAGUUUGAAUGGUCUAAAGAGUGUUGUGUUUUGAUGCAUGAAGGCAAAGCGAUAGCGUGUGCUUCUCGACAGUUGAAACUGCACGAAAAGAAUUAUCCGACUCAUGAUUUAGAGCUUCCAGCUAUUGUAUUUGCUAAAGAUUUGGCAACACCAUUUGUACGGAGAAGAGUGUCACAUCUUCACGAAUCACAAAAUUCUGAAAUUUACGAAGCUCAGAAAGGUGAUGAUGAUUUGUUUGCUAAAUGGAGGCAAAUUGAACUGACAUCUGAUUCAGAUUUUUAUGUUGGCUUAGACGACAGUUUGUACUUUAAAAAUAGAGUUUGUGUUCCAAGAAAUUCUGAUCUCAUUCAGAAGAUUUUACAAGAAGCUCAUAGUAGUAGCUUAUCGAUACAUUCUGGUAGCAAUAAAAUGUACGGUGAUUUGAAACAAAUGUACUGGUCGCCAAGUACCUUCGGGUUUAUUACAACCUGUGAUGAUUCCAAAGUGGAAAUGGAACGUGUUACGAUAGAUUUCGUAUCGGGAUUGCCUCUACCUCUGAGAAAGAAAGAUGUUCUAUGGGUCACUAUUGACCGUUUGAUGAAAUCUGCGCAUUUCAUUCCAGUGCGUAUGAAAUUUUCACUUGGGAGAUUUGCAGAGUUGUAUGUUUCUGAAAUUGUUAGAUUUCACGGUGUCCCAGUUUCUAUAAUCUCUGGCAGGGAUCCACAGUUUACAUCUUGA